AUGGCUACGAAUACUACAUCCAAUCAUCUCACUCCUCCUCCUUCAACACUGGGCUACAUGAAUAACGAAAAAGUUGACGACUCAAUAGUGCCGAUUUCAAUACAAAGAAAUCCUCCCUCACCCAGAACUCAAUCUAAAUCUAUAUUAACGGUCGCCCUUCAAAAAGCCCAGAAAGCUGUUCAUUUUGAUGAGGCAAACAAUGUUGCAGCUGCACUUGAAGCUUAUAAAGAGACUGUUGAAUUACUAUCACAAGUUAUAGGUAAUGCUGCAAACGAAGCAGAUCGUCGGAGGUUACAACUUAUCGUAAUUCUAGAAGCUGAAGAUGAUAGUGCUAGUAAUGUAGAUAAUGAGCCAGAUAUAAGUGAAUAUAUAUUGAAUAAUGUUACAUCACAAUACUCUAAUAAUUCAUCUCCUAUCGAAAUUACUUCCCCUCGUACAACUGAUUCUAAUGGUCAAAAAUCUAUAAGUAGUGAUGACUCAAUAGAUCAAAAUUCUUCAAUAAAAUAUAACGAAAAUACAUUACCUUCAAAUGCUCAUGUGAAAAUGGACACUUCAAUUCGAGCAAAUGGUGGUAUAAAAAAUGGUAUAGAUUAUCAAGUUAACUCAAAAGAUAAUUUUAAAAAUGCUGAUUACAUAGCGCGUCCAAAGCGAUUAUCAGUUCUAUCCCAUAAAUCUACCAUUUCAACUUCCACUACUAAAUCAUGGACAUCUUCAAAAUCAAUACAUGAGAUCACUGCUAAUGGUUCAAAAUCAAUUGCUGAUGUCAGUGAUGUCGCUGAAUCCGUUACAAGUUCGGAUGAUGUUGAUUUUAGUUCUGACGACUUUGAUUCCAGUGCAAAUGAAUCUAUAUCUCUAUCAGAAUCUGAAAAACUUUCCUCUGCUCGAAUUUUUACCCCUCCUCCUCCUCCAAAAGUUGCUCCUCCAACUUCUUCAAGUACCAGCCCUAAUCUUCGUCCUGAUGGUGUUCCUGUUUUUCAUACUCCACGUCCACCACCAUCUUCCCCUCCUCAGACUACUUCAAUGCUAGAGAAAAAAGCCGCUUCUUCAAAAAUCUCUUCAUCUACAAACUUCACCGUUCCAUUAACUCGUUCAAAUUCUGAUGAAGAGGAUGAUAAGGCUUCAGUAAAAUCUACUACAGAGUCUGUAACUCCUUCCUCUCCAUCAACGUCUCAGUCAUCUAUGGAAAAAUUAUUCAGUAAGACGUUGAUAAAUAACAGACGCCCUUCUCCCCUUCCUCUAUCUCAACAAAAUAACAAUUAUAAUUCUCGUGUCAUACCCGGUCAUAUUGUUUCGAACUCUAAUCCUGUACCUGAUUCCCCAAAUUUGUCACGUCCUGUAAGAACUCCACGAAGGACUACUUCAAAUCCUGGUAAUGCUCCUAAAAAAAAUGGUGCCUCACGUUUCUUCAUUAAUACACAUUCAUCUCAAUCUCCGGGAACUCCUGGUACUCCGUGGACAAAUAGUCUUAGUUUCAUCUCUCCACCAUUAGGUAGCCCUGGACUUUCUACACCAUUCCGAAGUGACUCUCCAACAGUAUAUUCUACUAGAACUGUUGAUUCUGGUUACGCUAGUUGUCUUGUGAACCCUUAUCCUAAUCCAUUAAUUUAUGAUGAUGAUACUGGUGCUCCUGUUAUAUCUAAUCCCGGAAUGUCUGAACUUCCUCCUAAUGAUGUACACUUGAAACCUUUCUGGCUUAUGAGGUUAUUAGAACGCACAAUGACAAGUGGAGGUUACCUGACUCCAAAAUUAUAUAUUCCUAGAAAUUUAUGGUUACAAGGUCAUGCAAAAUUGACUUCUAUCGAUGCUAAGAUUUCUAGUUGUGAUGUUGUUCUUAAUUGUUUAGUAAGGUUAUCAAAGACCUCAGUUGAUGAUAUGGAUGUAUUAGUAAAGGGUAUAGAACCUAUUAUUGAAGGUCUUCAAAAUUCUCUAGCCAGAAAAUUAAGUUAUGUUGAAUCGACAAAUGGGAAAGGUCGGCAGAGUACAAGUACACUCAUGAAUUGGGGCUCAAAAUUGUCUCGUGGCCUUGAUAAAAUGGGUAUGAGCAAUGCAACAAUUCGUAGCGAAGAAGCUAAUGAAUAUGUAGAUGUUUUGUUAAAAGUAUUUCAGAAUGUCGAUGUUGUAGCUCCAUAUCAUGCUAAUCACUUAAAAAUUCUCGAUCGACUAUAUAAAUUUGCGGACUACUUUGGAAAUGUACUUUGUCGAUUUGUUGUGAAAGAUCUUGGUAUAUUAGCAGACAAAUAUGUAAAAAAAGGAAGUCAUUGGAUUACUGAAUAA